AUGAGCAUAGAAAAUAUUAGUCACAAUCAUACAGAGAAAUCACCUCUUUUAAAUGAGCAACAACAUGUAUCUUUACCAAUCAAUAAUGAUGACAGUACUGCGACAAUAACAAAGACACCAUCAGCUACACCUACAACAACCCAAAGAAAAAGAGUACUUUCAUUAGACACUGUUAGAGGAUUAACUAUAUUUGGAAUGAUCUUAGUUGAUAAUCAAGGAGGACCACAAGUUAUUUGGCCACUUCUUGAAACAGAAUGGAAUGGACUUUCAACAGCCGAUUUAAUCUUUCCAUCUUUUCUCUUUAUUUGUGGUUUCUCGGUCGCUUUGGCUUUAAAAUCGGCAAAGAAUGAUAUUAAAACAUGGUACAAUAUUAUAAGAAGAACAUUAUUAUUGUUUUUUAUUCAAGCAUUCCUUAAUUUAAUGGCACAUAAAUUCGUAUUUGAUAGUUUUAGAGUUAUGGGAGUAUUACAAAGAAUAUCAAUAUGUUAUUUUGCAUGUUGUUGUAGUUUCUUGUUACUACCACUUGUUGGACAAAGAAUAUUUUUAGUUGCUUGUGCUGCCAUCUAUCUAUCUGUGAUGUAUGGAUUAGAUGUUCCUGGUUGUGGUAGAGGUGUUCUUACUCCAUCUUGUAAUGCUGGUUCUUAUAUUGAUAAUUCGGUUCUAGGUGCUAAUAUGAUUCAUCCAAAUGAUCCAGAAGGAUUAUUAUCAACAUUUAGUGCAUUUAUAACAACAUGGAUGGGAUUAGAAUUAGGUAGAAUAUUUACCCGAUUCUAUAGAAAACAUGAUUAUGCUCAUUUGAAUAUUCUAAUUCGUUGGAUUGGUAUCGCAGUUGUAUUUGGUGUGACUGGUAUUGCAUUGGGUGUAACAAAGAUGCCAGUCAACAAAUUAAUUUGGAGUUUUAGUUUUGCUCUGAUUACAGUGGCCUGUGGAUCACUUUUAAUUAGUGUAGCAUACUAUCUAUUAGAUGUCGUUGAAUGGAGUCCAACUGUCAAACGUCAUAUUGAAUUCUCUAUUCAACCAUUUAUGUGGAUCGGUAUGAACCCAAUAUCAAUCUACACUCUGAUGAUCUUUAUUGAAAUCAUAUUUAUGUUUUAUCUUCACACGUCUGAUGGAACGUCGUUGUGGACGGCCAUCUAUGAAAAAAUGUAUCUCACAUGGCUACGUAAUGGCUAUCUUGCUAGUACUGUCUUUUCACUUGGUUGGUUUGCAUUCUUUGAUUUCAUUGCCUUUUUAAUUUUAAUAAUUGGUUGUUCAACUUUAGUAAAUGGACAAGUUAAUUGUGUCACUACACCUAGUGACAGUAGUUGUGUAAACUAUCAAUAUCCAAUUCAAAACAUUACACAGGAUAUUGGAUCGUUGUGUGGACAGAUGAAAUUCAUGGCACUGUGUGACAUUCAACAACAAUGUCAAACGAUUGACAGUCAAUCGGGUGUCUGCAAUCCAUUCUCAAUCUUGGCAGACGGUUGUCAAGCCGAUAUGCCAAAGAUGGGUGGUUGUAGCAACUACAACAGUCUCUGUGGCAAUGGAUCGGUCGUCCAACAAUGCACCAAGUACCAAAUGAUUCCAUCGCUUCCACAAACCAAACAACUCUCGCAAUAUGUCUAUAGCAUUUGCACGUCGAUGAACAUGGAUGCCUGUUCGCAAUGCACCAUUCCACCAACCUACUCUAUGCUCCAAUGCGACGUCAUGAAUGUCUACACUCAACUCUGUCAGCAGAUGCCAGACAUGACUGAAUGUGCUUCAUGGAAAUCAAUGUGCGAACCAGGUACCCUCCUCCAAACCAGUUCACUCAACACUGUCUAUUGUGAGCUGCCAGUUGGCGAGCAGAUCCCAUUGAUGCGUAUGUUUUUCCAUACUGGCAUUCUCGACUAUAUCUUGUUUGAAACUUGGGUGCCACGUACCAGAAACCAAUUCAUUGGCUAUUGGUUUCUCAUCUUUUUCGCCGCCAUCAUUUUCGAGUGUGAAAAGACUCUCCGUUCAAUCCUCGAGAAACGUUGGGAAGCCGAGAAACAACUUGCCAGAGACUUGGAUAUCAACUCGAACGAAUCUCUUGUCAGCAAGGGUAUUUUCAAAGGAACCUAUCCAACCUUUAACCUAAAGGUUGAUCUACUCAGAGGUUUCCUCCACGGUUUCGAAUUGACACUCUCCUACCUUUUAAUGUUGGUUGCCAUGACCUUUAACGUUGCUCUCUUCUUUGCUGUCAUUGCCGGUACGAUAGCUGGUAACGUUGCUGUUGGUCGUUACCGUAGUUUUAAACCAAAAGUAACUUGUUGCGAUUAA